CUCACUGGAUAUCAAAACCUUCCGUCAUUUCUCACAGGAAAAACCUGCAAACAAAACUUCAACUUCUUCACGCCGGUCAGUAUUUUAUCUAAUCGGAACUUUAAUUGUUGGCUGCGGUGCAAUUGCUUUGCACUUCUUGCGAUCACCGAACAAGACUGAAACAACUAAUUACAAAAUAACAGCAAAAGAAAAGCCCACUGUCCUGCUGUGGUGUCCAGAGGUGCCUUUGAUUCACAUGCAACAUGUUGUUGCCAUUUUCCAACGCCUCGGCUACCAAGUGACGACGAAUGAAAGUGUCGAAUGGGACGUGCUGUGGGCUCAUCACUACCCUUUCGACGCGCUGGUCAAAAAACUAAAGCCCAACCAAAGGGUCAGCAAGUUUCCUGGCUCCGGCUUCGUCACUCAAAAGGUCGAGUUGGCGACUUCCGGCGGCCUCGGCAUUCCCCCUGCCUUUCGCUUGCCCAACGAUAAGCAAAUGUUUCUCAAAUACGCAGAAGCAAAUCCAGAGGCUCAAUUUGUGUUGAAAAACAAUUAUCACGGCUCGAUCAGAUUGAAAUCGAUCGGAGAAAUCGAUUUAGACUCCAAGGGCAGUUUUCUGCAACGAUUCAUUUCCAAUCCGUUCCUCAUUGAUGGACGCAAGUUCGAAAUUGGCGUUUCUGUCGUCGUAACCUCGAUUGACCCCCUGCGAAUUUAUAAGAUCGUCGGUGACGUCACAUUUCGGUUCUGCAAAGAUCUUUAUGAAGGUCUGAACGCUUCAAAUCCUAAUCAGUAUGUGAUCAGGGACGAAUUCAUCCCAGCGUUUGACGCGCCCGCUUUGAAGAAGUACUUGGACCUCAAUUUUUCUCUGCAAGACUCAUUUGAAGCGCACCUCCGCAACCUUGGAGUUGACCCGAAAUUGAUUUGGGCGCAAAUCGAUGAGCAAAUCGUGUCUGCCUAUUUGAAUCGCGAGUCCGUCUUGGCGACUUUGCUCUCUCGGUACGGCCACAAACGCAGCUUCUUCGAAUUCGUCCGCUUUGAAUUCAUGCUCGACAGUGAAUUGAAAGUCCAUCUCAUGGAGGCGAUUAUGUCUCCGAGUCUGUUCUCCGCCAAAUAUCCCCAAAAAAGCAUUCGAUACCAACAAGUCUUUUUCACAAUUCUCUCUCUUGUUGGUCUGGCAAGUUAUGUUCACCCUCCGCACCAAAAUUCCACCGAGGCCAAGGAUAUGAUUGUGGCCGAAAGGAAUUUGAUGGUUUUUAGAGAAAUCUGCGUUCUUUGCAAAAACUGUGAAAAGUUUGAAUGCAGACUUUGCGCCCCUUGUUUGGCCAAAAACGAAGAAUUGAUGUACGAUUUGAAAAUGGCCUACAAAGAGCACAUGAACAAAUUCAGGAGCGUCAGAAUCUUUCCGCCGAGAAUGACUCGAAAUCAGGCCAAGUUAGGAAUUCAAAGUUCAUUCUUAAAUCAUCGUCUAACCACGAAAAAUAUGCUCCUCGCUCGUUGGUUUCAAGGAAAGUGCCUCAAAGACGAUUCGUGGUGUUGAUUUUUUCUUCUUCAGAU